CCGCGGGAUCGUCCAAUCGCAGGGCACGUGAGCUCGUGACUCCUCCCCGGUGUAUAAUUGAAGUUUCUUUAGUUUCUCCGGCGGAGCCUGCACGCAGUGUUGUCCGAUCCGUGGUGGGAUUAAAUACACAACCGCGGGACCAUGUUUUCCAGGAGCCUGAAUGUGUGUGUGACCCUGUGUUUGUGGAUUACAGCGUUAAUGAGCCCGGGAAGUGUGUCUGCGAGGAAGCAGGACGACUCUUUCUUCACUGGCAGUAUUUACCGAGCAAGAUGCGCCUCGAGAUGCCUCAGCCUGCACAUCACUCGCAUCUCUGCUUUUUUCAAGCACUCUCAGAAUAAUGGAUCCUUGGUGUGGUGCCAGAAUCACAAGCAGUGCUCCAAGUGCCUGGAGCCCUGCAAGGAAUCCUGGGACCUGAAGGAAAACCAGUGCCAGGAUUUAUGCGAGCCCCUCUUUCCCAAGAAGCACUAUGAGUGUCUUACGAGCUGUGAGUUCCUAAAGUCAGUAGAGGGAGUGAAGCAAGGCGACUGUCCUGCCCCAGAGAAAGCCAGCGGCUUUGCAGCAGCCUGCGUGGAGAGCUGUGAGGAGGAUGGAGAGUGUUCAGCCGUGAAAAAGUGCUGCUCCAAUGGCUGCGGCCACACCUGCCAGCUGCCUAAGAACCUCUACAAAGGAGUCCCUCUGAAGCCGAGGAAAGAGCUGGUGUUUUUGGAGCAGCCGUCGGGUCAGCUGGAGAUCCGCUGGUCCUCCAAGUUCAACAUUUCCGUGGAGCCCGUCCUCUAUGUGGUGCAGCGCCGCUGGAAUUAUGGAAUCCACCCCAGCGAGGAUGAUGCCACGGAGUGGGAGACUGUGGCGCAGACUGCAGAGGAGCGCGUCCAACUGGCUGACAUCAGAGCCAGCAGAUGGUACCAGUUCAGAGUUGCUGCAGUCAACGUCCACGGGACCCGCGGCUUCACUGCGCCCAGCAAACACUUCCGCUCCUCCAGAGAUCCUUCUGCCCCUCCCAGCCCAAGCAGUGUGCGUGUCACCAACGUGACGCUGGGUGACGAAGGCCUGGUGACAGCUCGUCUCAACUGGACCGUGCCAGAGGAGCCCGAUAUCCCUAUACAUCACUACAAAGUGUUCUGGAGCUGGACUGUGCCCACCAAGUCGAUGGUGCCAUCCAAGAAGAAAAGGAGAAAGACCACCAACGGGGCUCAGAGCUGGGUGGAUCUGGAGGGACUGCAACAAAACAGCAGUUACACUGUGGAGCUGCAGGCCAUCACAUACUGGGGACAGGUGCGUCUGAAGAGCGCCAAGGCUUCUCUCCACUUCAGCACUGCCCAGAAUAAUGAGUCAGUAAAAUCAGUACUCAAGUCAAAGAAGGAGGAGAUAUCCCCUCUUGGUUCGACCAUGGCCAAACGCCCCUCUGGCCCUCUAGAGGUAGGCACGCCCUUCUACCAGGAUGGCCAGCUGCAGGUCCGUGUCUACUGGAAGAACCGGGGAGACCCCACCGUGAGUCGCUACCAUGUCCAGUGGAUGCCGGAGUACUGCAGCCACAACGAGACCCGAGGACCAGAGAAAUCGGUUGCACAGGAGAACUACAUCAACCUCUCAGGCCUGCUGUUCUCCUGCAAGUACAAAGUCACCGUUCACAUGCUGAAGUCCAAGAGACGCUCCAAGGACGAGAGCACCACCUUCCUCACCCCAUCCUGUGCUACCAUCCGGAGCAAGACUCACAAACACAUCCCCUGCCCUGGGGAGGGAGCUCCAGGGCUUCCAAAGGUUUUGGCUAAGCCAGAGAACUUGACGGCCUCUUUCUCCAUCAUUGAGGGAAACAUCACUGGCAACUUCCUGUGGCGUGUAUCCAGGGUGGCUCCCCAUCAGCGAAUCACAGGCUUCCAGGUCACCUGGGCUGAGAUCACCACUGAAAGCCGGCAAAACAGCCUGCCCAACAGCAUCAUCUCCCAGUCCCAGAUCCUGCCUCCAGAUCAUAACUUGCUUGUAGUGUCCAACCUGCGGCCAUCCACCUACUACAGACUGGAGGUGCAGGUCAUAACAACUGGAGGAGAAGGUCCCGCCACUGUCAAGACCUUCCAGACCCCGAACAUAUUACCAGUCAUUCAACACCGACCCAGACUCCGGCAGCACCACUCUCACCACCAGAAGCCAUCAGUAGAGAGACACUGAACUGCAAGUUGAGGCAAACCCAAUAGGGAGAAGUACUAGUGGCUCUCUGCUCCUGUCUGUCAGGGAAGGAAUGUGUGGAACCAAACAGAAACACAGUGCACCAGACCAUGAACUGACCCCCCUCCUCGUGAAAUAUGGGUCCAUCUUCUCCAGGCUCCACAACACAUCAGCUAUUCCUUCUUAACCCGUCUCUCUUGACUGAUACAUGUCACUAGAUGGGUUGGUCUGUACAGUGAAAUUUAUACUGCAAGGUCUCAUAUUCUGCGUUGGUUAGUACACAGCUCCCCAACACAUCCCCAACUCAUCAGGAGGUUAAAUUCCAGGUAAAAGUAAGACCCAGGAACCCCUAAAAUUGCUGUCAUUGUACACAGCAACAACAUAUUAACAAAAUUUCAAUGGGAUUUGAUCAGUUGAUUAAUGACAAGCAAUUAGUUCAUGGUUUAAAGAAAAAUAAUUACUUUGGCAACUUGACUGAAGAUGGUUGAACAUGGAUGGUAGGAAACUGUAAAACAAUUCAUGAAGAAAGAAACGUAGAAAUUCAUCUAUUUAUUUUGUUACCCAUUAAAGAGGCGCUUAGGCAUACGAUCAGUACUGAUGGAUAAUGUAACUAAAGUCAUUGUUGUCUAACCCAGAAUAUUUCACAUAGUAUGUUGCAUGUAGUACAUUUGAUUUUUGAACUGUAAAUGAAUUACUUGCUUCAAAUUGAAAGCUUGUAAUGGUUUUGCAUGACAACUGUUAGCAUUCUGUUGGCAUGAAAUAAUGUCUGUGUUACCUCUUUUCAGUAUGUUAGCAAUAUUUCAUUAACAGAUUAACAAUGAAAUAUAUUGGGAGUAAUAUGUAAUGUUUAUUAAUGAAAUUAUAACUUGUGUGGAAAUGAUGAAUUGUACAUGUUCUUGGCUGUAGAAAUAUUUGUCGUGGAACAGUCAGUGAAUGUCUAUAUUUAUUUAUGUGUGUAUUACAAAGUUUGGUUUGGAUGUGUGUGAAUGUGUAUGUUUUGUGUGUUCUAGUCUCAAGUUUUUGAACCGUCAAAUAAUCUUGUAAAGACAUUUUGUAAAAAUGGAAUUGUAAAUACAGUCUUAUGUUACAUGUUAUUUUUCCAUGGUAGAAACUGUACAAAAUGCUAAGUAAUAAAAUAAUCCUUAACCCGU